AUGAAACCUACGAGAAGGCAGCUGGUUUCUUCCUUGUACAACAUCGAGAAUGUCACUUCUACGAGAUUUAGGUAAAAACCUUUUUUUUGGAAAGUUCAGAAGAAGUUUUUCAUUUAAAAAUACAAUAGUUAGAAAAUCAAUGCGUCCGAUUUGAUGAAGAAUUUUUGCAAAAAAAUCAGGAAAUACUCAAAAUGAGAAGAUUUUGGAAAUCUUGAAGUUUCAAAAUUUUUAGUUGCUAGUUACUUUUCAAUUGAGUCAGGAACUGCGAACUCGGCUCAAUUUAGGCUUUUUCUGAUAUUUUCAAUCACACAAGAUUGAAUAAUCACUAUAAAAAAAGUCAUGGCAGCUGUCACGUGGAAUCAAGAAACGAAAAAAAUUGAUUUAACCUGUUUAAAAAGGACAAUGAAAGAAAAAAAAAUUCAGAAAAGUUACGAUACUCCCUGCUGUGACGAUAAUGUCUAAAAAGCUUGAAAAAUUUCGUUUUUCAUCUUGUUCUCUAGAAUCAAAAAACAAAAGAAAAUUUUGGAAGCUAGUCUUCAUAACUUUUUUCCAGAUCCGACCCGCCACAUAUGGGCGGAAUUUUGGGAAUUCUCCGAGUUUUCGGUGGCUAUGUGAUGGCCCAAGCUUAUACGGUUUCCCGAAUGUUUUUAGUUCAAAGAUUGGGAAAUUCCAAUAAAUUCAUAUCAAACAUGCAUUAUAAUUUCAUAAGACCGGGUAAACAGAAGUGGAAAAAUGAAAAUGAAAUCAUAGUUCAGGUGCACUAGACAAGACUAUUGAAUUCGAGAUUGAAGCGCACGAAGACGUCCUUAAAAUAACUAUUUAUCAUGAUCUCAAGAUUAUUGGACUUUGUUUUGCAAAGGUAAGCUUUUCACACAUUUUUUAACUUUGUUAUAACUUCAUUCAGCUUAAUUCAAACUUGUUAGCUGGAGCAUCGUAUCCAGCGGAUAUACCGCCAAUCACAGAUGUCUUCUCAAUUUCUGAACUUGCCGCUUUGCCAGCUUAUAAAGAACUCAGAACUUAUAUGCAGAAACUGGAUGAUAAUUAUUCUUUCGAACUGAAACCCAUCAAGUUCUUUCGUAAUGUGAAGACCAACGUGUACAGAGUUGAGUUCUUCGCACGUCUGCAUCACGAUUGUUUAGGUGAAUCAAUACAGUAUUUUGUAAUAUGAGAGCAAAUUUUUAGAUUCAACAUUAGAAGGCUCAUCUAUGAUGAUUGGAAUUGCAUUAUCGGACUUUUUCAUUAUGCGAUCAAUUGAGGUAAGACCGAGGUUUUGUAGUUGAAAAUUCGAAUAUUUGUAUUCAUCGUUUUUGGUUUAAUUUUUUCGAGACUAUUGGGAUUUGAGCUUGGAAACUUCUUGGUGUACCAAAUGAAAACCCUAAAAACCUAUUUAUAAAGAAAACCCACCUCAAUGUUUUAGAGGACAUUUGAAAUCCGCGAAAAAAAGCUUUUCUGGAAUUCCAGCCCUCCUCACAUGAAAAUAAGAAAUUUUCGCAUAUUGAAACUAUCAAAAAAUUCAUUUUGUACAUCAAGGAAUUUAUUGGUCGAAUUUUAGGGAGCUCUAAACGUAAAGUGUAGUCAUGGUGGCGUUACAAACACAUAGCAAAUAGAAAUGAAGUUUCCAUCGAAUCUAAGAAAUUUACAGUACUGUCAGAAAAAAUACCAAAAAAGUUUUUUCGUCAUAACUUCCUUGUAAGAAUUUCAAUCUUACUGAAACUUGCUGUAAUUGAGAUAAAUGUUAUUUUUUUAACACUCUGAUGAAGUUCAAGUUCACAGAAAAAAAUGCAGCUUUAGAAAAAUUCAAGAAAAAUCGAACCCCUUACAAGAAAGUUAUGACCAAAGUCGCGUUUUUUUCGUAUAUUUUCUGACGUUACUGUAUAGUAGUUAAUGAAGCAAUAACUUAAAAAAAUGUUUCAGUGGUUCUACGACAGUUUCGGGUUCAAACUGUCCUCUGGAGCAUCUCUGCACCACAAUAUCCAGUUCCAUAAAGACGAAUUAGCACAAGAAGACACGACUCCCCAUAGUACUUUGAACCCUUCCCAAUGGUUUUUGAUAGUCAGUGAGCUACAAGAAUGUUCAUCAAAUAUGGCUUUGAUUCACGGAAAGUUAUUUUCUGCCCAUCGCCCUUGUUUCCUUUCUUUUACUCAACAAGCUUAUUGUGUUCGGGGGAAAGCCCCUCUCCGCAGUUCACUUUGAUUUUUUUGGUAUGAAGGUUGCUGAAAUUUUGUUUAGGGUUUGCAUUUAAAUCUAGAAAAGAAUAUCGAUCUUGAAGGAGUCUGAGAAACUUUUCUCGAAGAAAUCUUACUGUCUUAACAUGUACGAGGUCUAACAGUGUCUACUUAUCGUAUAUACCCUCAUAAAUUUCAUUUUCUUUUCUUUUGAAGGAAAUCUGAAUUUUUGGCAUAAUUUCCCAAGCUAGCUGACUUUCCCAGAAAGCUUUCCAUGCUUCAAAAGUCCCCUAAUUCUACUUUUUUUAUGGGAGUUUGAUUUGAUAGAUCAAAUUGAGGAGAAGAUUGACUUUGUUUCUCUAAUCUUUCGUUAUCUCAAACUGCUUUGUUUUUAUCAGGGUUACUGAUAAAAAAUGCCUUUUUUUAUCGUAGGACCGGAAUUGAAAGAAAUCGAUUCAAAGCUUCUGUGUUAAUAAAGACUUACGGAGAAGCUCAUGCUUGAAUCUUGAUACUGGAAACGCAACAUUUUGUAUUGGACACGAAGAAUCUUAUUUCUUUUUAUUUUCAGUUUGUGAAGCAUUUUUUUUGUCGACUCGGAAGCAAAAAUAUUGAAAAAGGGAAAACGUUUCUCAAAUUAUCCCCAACAAACCAGUAUCUGAAGCUUCGGUGGAAUACUUAGUGAUAAAACACAUAGUAAACUUAGAAAAAAAUCAUACAUCGAACGAUGCCCAAGGAUACGGCUUUCCCAUUUUUAUAGAAAUUGUUUUUUGUAAAAUACAAAAAGCAGCUGAAAUGAUGCGCCUUCUCUAGUAGCCAACCUCCUGAUUCGAAAGUCCUAUGAAAUUUUGUUCCCGCUCGAAGGAACCUCGAAAAGAAUUGACUCAGCAAAUUACCGAAGCAACGCGGGCCGCCUUAUUUUUACCCACGGUCAUUUUCCUGAUUACCAGUGCCAGAAUGUCCGAUUUCUUUUUCACCUUCUUUUCUUUGUCGUGGUUGGCGCUCUGAAGAAGUUCUUCACCAAGUCAUUCUUUGUUUCUUCUAAAUAUAAGAGUAUCAUCCAACAUUCUCCACACUUCGAAGAGCUAGUUUACACUCAGAAAAAGGAACUGCUCUUCUUCUCCGUUCCAAAGUGCAAAGCUAAGCCUUGAUGGAUCAGAACAAUUACUCAUGGGAGCCGGAGCGAGGCAGGAAACUUUGGCUCCUCUUGUUUUCUAGCACAGCCGCCCUAUGCUGUUAUCUGUAAACUUAUUUUCAGUCAAUAGGAAACUUUUUAUCUUGUUUGUUUGCUACUUUACACCGCUGUUUAGACUUCUUAGUAGGAUAUUAUACGUCAAUAGCGAACGAAAGUUUUUUUUUCGAUUCGAAAAUUCGACGGAUUGUUGAAAACGAAAAUGAAAUAUCUUCCAGGUACUACGGUAGAGAUCAAGAUCAUUUUCAAACUAAUCAAAAAGUACAUGAUAAUUUUUAGAAUAUUUCUUUAAAGCAAUACUCUUUUUUUUUCAAAUAUCCGGCCACGAGAAACACAAAAAAAUGUUGCUCGUCAAAAAAUUAGGCCGAACGGUGGAACUUUUUAUUCUUUCAACCUUUUUCUUCAUUUUGAUAAUAUUUUUUCAGCAAUUCCAUCCAAUGCCAGCAGCUGAAGCGCGCACGAUAGAAUUCAACGUAGGGCUGAACUUGUUCAUUCUCUACGAUGUGAGCUCAUAAAGUCGGAAAAGUAACCCUGCUGUUUUCAGGACAUGACAAAUCGUCUGAUUCGUUCUCAUAACGACGAGAAUUUGUACACUCUCGGAUAUUUGAAUCAUCACAUGGUCGUGAGUUUUUUUGAAAGUGUUUUUGUAACAGCGAAACUUUUAAUUUUUCAGGACGUCGAGAACGGAAAAGCCCUUUUUCUGAGUCCCGUGAGUUGAUUAAAUUUUUUUAGCUUUUGUUAGAAGGCGUAAGUUUUCGAGCUUACUUUCUCAAAAAAUACUUGUAGAUAUGAUAAAAUUAAGUAAUGAUAAUUUUCGAGUCAAAAUGUUGUUCUCACUGGAAAAAAAAUUUUUUUCAACUUUUUUGUAAAUCUCUCAUCAUUUCACUCCCGUCGUAAUACAGUGAUAUUUUUGCUCUACUUUCAGGAAGAGAUGAUUUUCAUCUUGAACAGAACGAAAGACAAGAUUCAAAAUAUAAUCGAUUCACAUGGCAUGUCGGGAAUGGUAUGUAACAAAAGCCUUCUUGAAUAUUUAGGAAAUACUGAAAGAUUCAAAUAGUCUGAACGGUUCUUCAUGUAAUCUAUCAAUUCCUAGUGUUUUUCCUGAUUUACGAAUCAAAUUUUUAUUGUGAAUAAAUCAAUUAUAAAAACCUAAUAAGGAACCGUUAUGAAAGAUACGACUUUUUUACAACUGUAAGGAGCUCAACCUUCCUGAUAAUUUCUGAAGCCGCGUUUUUUUUCUGUGAGCUGAAACUCCAUCAGAGUUUUAAAAAUAACAGUCAUCAAAACUCCAGAAAGUUUCAGAAAGAUCAAAUUCCUUACUAGAAAGUUUUGACCGAAAACCCGCUUUUUGUACUUUUUCUGACAGUACUGUCUUUAACCGAAAUCAAAAAUCGCAUUGACCAAAAUUUUCAGUUCCAACCGUCGUUGUUGCAUAUCACCGAGUAUUGCAAUAAAGCUCGAAUUCUGUGGGCUGAAAACCGCGCGGAAGCGCAGAACAUGAGCUUCAUGCGUCUGCAAGAGCUCUGUGAUGAAGACGAUGGAUUGAUGGAUUGAAUUUGAGCCCAUUUCUGUCAUAUUUUCUCCUUUUAGACUUUCAUCCAACUAUUUUAUCUGCUUUUUAUGAUUUUUUGAUUUUUGUGAAUGCUUGGAAGUAAAAGUAUCGAUGAAAUUUUUAUAUUGUGAAUAAAUAUUUUGUAAAUUUUUAUUGUAAAUCGGAGGGAAAUAACAUCAAAUGACAUGGAUAUGAAGAAAAAGGGGACUAACGGUGGUCUCGAUGUUUGAAAAAAAAUUGGAAAAGUUCUCUAAAAAGUGGAUAAAUCUUUGUUGUUUGAGGAUUCCAUAGUUAUUGGUUGAGUUUUUUUCAAUAUUUUAAAAGUAUUUUUUUGAAUUAAAAAAACUAUGAAAUUUUCCGGAACGUAUUCAAAAUUUUUUUAUUUAUUAAAUCUCGUGUAGUACCACGAUUUGGAAUUUCCCUAAACGACACUCCGCUGUGCCGCUGCGCGCCUUUGGUCGCGCUUUUUAAUCAUUUUUCUUUUUAUUAAGGUACUCUACUUUUUAUGUGCUCCUACUGCAAUAACAAUCAAUUGAAAGCGUGACUUAUAUUCGAAAGACGCUUCGCGAACGCACGCAGCGGAACAGCGGAAUGUCGUUCGAUGAAAUUUCAAGUCAUGGCACACAGACUAUGCAACUAUUAGACUUGCCUUAAAAAAAUUGUAAAAAUCCUAUUUAUGAUCAAUUUUUUUUCGCGACUUCUUUUUAAUCGCAAUUUUUGAUCAAAGUUUAUAUGAAUCGGUUACUUUUACUCACUAAGUUUUUGAGGGUUUCUGGACGUGAUAGUGGCUAUUUGCGCUAAAUCCUGGGUUCAGAAACUUCUUUUGACGAGCUCAAAAUAAACCUACCUCAAAUGAAACUAAACAUGUUGAAAAUUACGUGUAAAAUCAUAAUCUCGGUCUUGUGAAGAACUUUCAGAACAUUUGAUACAAUUUUUUUUUUUGAAAAGUUGAGAAAAAGAGAAAGUAGACAAAAUGGUCGAAGUGGCCAGAACAGAAAAAUUAAAAAAAUCUAGAACCUUUAUUUGAAUCAAGACAUCAAAGAUCGAAAACAGUUUUUUACAGCCAGUAAUGCAUUUGGGGUCUGCAAGCACAAUUGCUUGUCUCAUCGUAUCAAAGAGCCAGGGCACGAAAGAGAGGAAAACGAUUACUCAUUGGCGUUUCGGGCCGGUCAGCAGACUUUGGCUGCUUCUGUGCCUUUCUUUUUCCUCUCUAGUGCAAUCGCCCUCUGGCAUCCAAGCUCAGUUUGCUGUUUUUUUCAGCUUUUGUCAGAACUUAUACCUUUUCAAAACGUGUUGAAUUAAAAGAUUCGAAGGAUCUUGAAGAAUUUUGUUCCUUGAAUAAUGGUUUUGUAUUAGUUUUCUCAUUUUCUCUCUUUCUCUAAAUUUUUUCCUUCAUUUUUUUUAUUCUCUAAUUUAUUUACUUCACUUCCGAAAUAUAUUCAGAAAAACUUUGAAUUUUAUUGGAUAACUUUUGUGCAUUUUGGAUUGCAGGCUUCGAAAUAUCAGUCAAAAAGCUAUUCUGAAAAAAACUUGGGAUGCAGCUUAUCGCGAUGGGGAAAAACGUCGAUUGCGUAUUAUCCAGCCUUCAACAAAAAUCUUGCUCUCCGAUGUGAGUUGAUCCCGAAGAAACGCUAAAAAUAUAUAUAUAACAUUUUAGCAAAGAGUUUAUCAGGUCAUUUUUUACCAGAAUGGCGAAACGCCAGAAACAAUCGAGUAUCUGGAAAACCGAACCAUCGUGAGUUUCUUUCAGUUUUCACUUUCUUAGAUUAUUUUCAAUCGAAAUCUGAAAUCAAGUGUUGUUUUGUUUUUCAGGAGAGCCCCACGUGCAAAUCUCUUUUGCUGUCGUUUGUGAGUUUAAAAAUACAGUCGAAAAAAAAACGUGCAUUUUUCCAAAAUCCAAAGAAUUUUCGUGUUGGCAAGCCCAAUGCGAUUUGAUCUAACCAUUUAUUGAGGUCAUUUUAUUUAAAAAAAGAUGGAAUAUCGAAAUUUGAAAGAGGGUUAUAGGGUGCCAAAAACAACUUUUUACAUAUUACUCACCUCGGCGUGACUUUGAGAACUUUUCGAUCUUCGUCAAGUGCGAUCAUUUUUGAGUUAGCCUCCCAGGAAAGUGUUCAGGCUUUUUGCUAAGGACGAUUUUUUUUUUCGAUUUUUGUAGAAAAGCUCUGCAUUACAAGUUUUUUUGAUAAUUUGACCAUAUCGAUUUCAGGACGAACUUUUCUACAUGUUGAGAAGAACCGCGAGGAAACUGGAAAGUGUGAUGGCCGACAUCCCAAACACAACUCUGGAUGUUGGUUCUUUUUUCUUGGAUAAAGUUUUUUCAAGAUGAUAGGAAUGUUGCGAAAUAUACUCAUAGAGUUUUUGAAUUGGAUAAAACUUUUUCUCAUUGAAUCGGAAAAAAAACUUCACUUUGACUGAAUCAAAUGUUUCCAUCCUUUUUUUAAAUAAACUUUCGAACCUACUGAAAACGUAACUUUGUUUGAUUUCAGCUCAAUCCCAUCGUGGCGAGCAUCAACGUCUACAUCCGUAUUGCCGAAGCACUUCAACAUGAAAAAAGCCACGAAGCCGAAGAAAUGAGCCGCAUCUCCCUCCAAGAACUUUGUGAAGGGGGCAAAGAACUUGGUUCUGGAGACCAACCUUCUACGAGUUGA